AUGGCACCCCUCGCGCGCGCCGUCUCAAAUCACCACCUCCAGCACCAACACCACCACACAAACGGCACCCCGAUCCCCACGAACGGCGUUCCUCCAGACCCAAACGCAGACGACACCACUUCCGGCCACCCGCCGCCCUACAACCCGGACCUCGUCUCCUCCUCCCUCCUCGAACCCCGCAUCGCCGUCGUCCUCAAUGUCCCCAAGCCGUGGCGGCCAUGGCUCUUCGCCUGUCGCCUUCUCUCCAUCGGCCCGGCCAUCUUUUGGGCCCUGCAGCCCGCCCUGACCCUCCUCGUUCAGAUCAUCCCCGUCGCCGUACCGGGGGGCAAGAAGGCUAUACCGUUCCCAUGGACUGAAAUGUCCCUGGGACUCAUGUGGUGCGGAGCUUCAGCGUACCUCUCCUUCUUCUUUAUAGACUGCCUGAUGUCACGAUGGCUCAUCAACUACACCCCACAAGCGACAAUCAUCCGCCUCCUAACAAUCAACUCCACAAACGCCUUCCUCACCGAACGAAUCCUCACAUUUUCAGGCGGCUUCGAGGACCCAAGACUCCUACUCCCCGGCUGGGUCACCAUAGCUACGACCCUUACGAUAGCAUACCACAUCACCCAACGAAGCAUAAACAUCCAAAAGGAAACCUCCACCUCGAUCAACAUCUUCUCCAUCGCCAGUUUCAUCAGCAUGAUCUCCCUCCUCGCCCACCUCCACUACAACGGCUCAGACUACCCCGAGAAGCCGUUCGAAUCCCUGGCCAGAUUCAUCCUGCAGCAGUUUGAGCGUGUUACCGGCGAGGCCAUCUUGCCUUCCUAUGCCCCUUCGCACAGCGAACUAUAG